GUCCGCUGUCCAUCAUCCGCAUAGACUCGUCCAAUCGAGCGUUGUACAUAUCACAGACUGUGCGAGGACAGCACGAGCGCAGGACAGGAUGGUCCUUGGAAUGUUGGCAAGAUUAAGCUCCAAUGUCUGUUGCUUCUUAUACCCUGCAUAUGCCUCUUAUAAGGCCUUGUCUAUGACCCCUGAGUCAAGCCCGGAAGCCAUGGCACAGGUCGAGAAGUGGUUGAUGUAUUGGUCUGUCGUCGGAACUUGGACUGCAGUGGAGGCCGCGGUCGGAUGGACGUUUACGUGGCUACCGUUCUACUCUGUCAUCAAAGCCGUCGUCUUCAUAUAUCUCUCAUCACCGCAGUCAGGAGGAUCGUCUUGGAUCUAUCGAACACAAUUGGCUCCCUUUUUUCGUGAUCAUGAGACAGAUAUCGACGGCUUCUUAACAUCUCUGAAAGGCCGGGCGGGUACCGCUGUCUCCGAGGCAAUACAAUGGGCUUGGAACAAAGCCAAGACGCAACUGAACGUCUCGCCGAAUUCUGAGAAUACGGGCAGUCAUCAGCCUGCGGUCCCAACGCAUCAACCACCGAGCAUGCAGGAUCCGGCAUCUGGACCCGCUCUGCAACUCUACGGGUUAUUGAGCAGAUAUGCUGGCCAAUACCUCCCCGUGGCGCUAUCUGCUCUUCAAGCCGCUGCGGCAUCCAAUCGGUCUCGUCAAGAUCGAGAUUCGACACCCGUGGCCAUGCAAGUCCCAGAAUCCAUGGCCAUGCCCACCCCUCGAGUGAAUCAAGCGGACCACACUGGGUCGCUACGUUCUAGGACAUACCAACAAGCAAGCGCUCCGCAAUCUCAGUCCGGUUCACAUGACCCGCGUGAUGAUCACAACUCUUCAUGGAGCCGCAGUCCUCUACCUACUCCGCCGUCUUUUGGAAACAGCCAAUUUCCCGGUGGAUCACCCCAUCGACCUGGAAUGAGCCUCCCGGGAAGUAGGGACGGUAGCGAUGGGCUGUCUGCGCACUCGUCCCAGGAGAGCCUCGGACGAGCAAGUGCAUCAACUAGUGCUAGCCGGUUUGGCGGAGAGAGCUAUGAGCACGUCAACCGAGACGAAGUACGAAAUAUCUCCCAGUCCGAAUUCGGGCAGGGCACGCCUACUGGAAGACCUGCGAUGACUGACAAGCGACGGGGUAGCUGGUUCGGAUGGGGCGGCGCAAGUCCAAAUCAAGGACGCGCCAAAGCAGAGUGACAAUGCAUUCUGCAAUCAUCCAUUGUACAGUAAGAUCUUGUAUACCUGGUGAAUGAAACCUUCAUUGUAUUGACAUCCUUUGAUAGACACUGCCUGGGCUAAUCAAACAUUAUAACAGUUCAGUGCAAUUCAGAUGCAACCCCUUGUCUUAUCCUCGUGAGCUAUAAAAUGGCGCUCUCCUUCACGCAUGGACCAUCCCAGCAUCAAGGAGAGAAUGGAAAUUGAUCGUCUCAAAGAAGCGUAUGUCGAAAUGAUGCGUGUCAAGCAUUCGCCCCAUUUGAUUGGCUUCCCUCGUUACGCUCUUUUCAUG